UUCUUUUAUUUACAUUUUUUCUGAAAGAAUUUUGUAGUUUUUUUACACGCGGAUUAAAAAUACGAUUUUUUAAACAGUUUUAUUAAAAAAUAAAAGAAAAAUGUCGCUAAAUAUUAGUGAAAAAAGUUAUGCGGUGGAAACGCGUUAUGCUAAUUUCUAUGCUGGUGGUGAUGUAGCCUGGAGUAAAGAUGGCAAAUGGAUUUACUGUUUGAAUGGCAGUGAGGUAACAAAAGUAGAAGUUGAAACGGGCUUAGUGGCACGUUCUUAUGGUUUAAAUUACAAUGAACAAGGAGAAAAAAUUGAUAAUGAAGUGGAAGAAGAAGCCGAUGAUCAAAUCUAUUGUUUUGAUUUGUCUUCAACACAAGAAUAUAUGGUUACAGUGCACCGCAGCAGUUUGGUAAGAUUAUGGCAUUUAUCUUCGGGCAAAAUUGAAAAGUUGUGGAAAAGUCAACAUCGUGGACCGGUGGUAAAAGUGUGUUUCAAUGCCGAUGGACGUUUGGUGUGUACUAGUGGUGCUGAUUCGACGUUGCGUAUAUGGGAUUAUGAAAAUAGCAGAUGUUUGGCGGUAUUAAAAGAGUUUACUGGUCCCUCUGUGCUGCUGCAGUUUCAUCCAAAUCCUUCUAAACAGGAAAUAUAUGCUGCUGGCUCGGAUAAUUGUCUAUAUAAAUGGAAUUAUGAAACAAAAACAUUGGAAGCCAAAAUGAAGGGACAUUUAUCACAAGUAACCGGUUUUGCUUUUAGCGAUCAAUCUGCAGAGUGUGAAUUUAUGGCUAGUGCCAGUCGUGAUAAGGUUUUAAUAGUUUGGCGUUUACAGGAUGGCAAACAAAUGAAAGUAAUACCCAUGUAUGAAGAGCUAGUGGGUGUGGUAUACAAAGAUGCAGAAACUAUUAUAGUGGCCGGUGUAAAAGGCAAUUUAAAACAAAUUGCCAGCAAAACAAGUAAAAUAUCUACGCUCAUAGAGUGCCAAGAGGAGGAAUAUGAAAUUAACCAUUUAAUGUUUAAUAUAACUAACAAACAAUUGGCCUUUGUGACCGCUGAUCAUAAUAUCUUAAUUUUUGAUAUUGUGUCUAAGGAAAAGGUUAAAUGUUUUAAACAAUUAAUAGGUUUUAAUGAUGAAAUACUUGAUGUUUGUUUCCUGGGAGAAGCUGAAGAGUUUCUGGCCAUGGCUACCAAUAGUAAGCAUAUAAAGUUGUAUGAUAUUGAGCAGCACAUGAAUUGUAAUAUUGUUAUGGGUCACAAGGAUACUGUUAUGUCUCUGAGCACUCCGGGUUCUAGUAAAUUACUUUUGUCGGCCGGUAAAGAUUUCACCAUAAUACUCUGGCAGUUGGAUAAGGAAAAUGCCAAUUUAGUCUGUUUGGCUAAGCAUAUAAAUAGUCAUACUGCCACCAUAGGUUGCAUAAGUUUUGCCUACCACUGUGACAAUGCCUUUGCCUCUGUGUGCCAGAGUGGCAGUUUAAAGGUGUGGUCUUUGAAAGGCCAAACAAAAGGCAAAACAGGCGAAUAUGAAUUUUCCGUUAAAUAUGCAGCUGCUGCUCAUGACAAAGAGGUCAAUUGCGUGGCGUUUUCUCCUAAUAAUAAGAUAAUUGCCACCGCCUCCCAAGACAAAACUGCCAAACUAUGGUCUGCUGAUACUCACAGCAUUUUGGGCUCUUUAAAAGGUCAUACACGUGGUGUUUGGUGUGUACGUUUCUCACCCACAGAUCAAGUUGUUUUAACCACUUCCUCUGACUGCAGUUUGCGUUUGUGGUCUUUAUCUAAUCUGGCUUGUCUCAAACGUUUGGAACAAUCUGCCACCGUCUUGAAAGCAGAAUUUAUUGAUCAUGGCAAAUAUAUACUUUCGUCUGGAUCGGAUGGUCUCCUCAAAUUAUGGAACAUCAAGACAAAUGCUUGUAUACAAACCCUUGAUGAGCAUGAUGAUCGUGUUUGGUCUUUAGCCGUUUCCUCCAAAACUCAAAAAUAUUUCUUUAGUGCUGCUGCCGACUCCAAACUUAUAAAAUGGAAGGAUAUAACAGAGGAAUGUAAAAAUACCGAAAUCGAUAAGCGUCAAGAAAUGCUACAACAAGAACAAGCCCUACAAUUAAUGCUGCAUCAAAAUAAACAAUUGAAAAAGGCCUUUAUGUUAGCCCUUAAAUUAGGCAAACCUAAAGUAUCCUAUAGUAUACUAAAUCAGUACAUAAGACAACGUGAUUUUCAAACAAUAGAAGAAAUGAUAUCUAAACUAAAUAAUGAUCAGAAGUUAACACUUUUGGAUCAUGUCAAGGUAUGGAGUUGUAAUUCUCGUCAUUCUCAAGUUUCCAGUGUAGUGCUGCAGCAAUUAUUGGCGGAAAUGUUGGUGGAACCAAAAAUGCAACGGACCCUAAAUGCCAAAAAUCUAGUGGAAGUUGUUACACCCUAUGUACAGCGUCAUUUUAAACGUAUUACAGAAUUAAGUAAAGAAUUGCAAUUUUUGGAUUUUAUUGUUGAGAGUAUAUAAUGAAGAAAUAUAUUUGAAUAUUUUUAUAAC